CAUCCAAAUGGAAUAGUCUCGUGUUUAGUGGCCGAAAUUUGAUAGUCUUAUUUGGCGGAUCGUUAGAGAACACACUACCCCUAAAUCAUAAUCCAAAACCACCCACUCCCCAAAAGGCUAAAGUUCCUAUUUUUUCUCCCCUCCUUUUGUGCUCCCUUUUCUCUCAAUUAACUAUUUUGAAACAGAAAAAAUCCACUAAAUUCUAAGCUUUAUUGUGAAUUUUUAAGGGUAAUGAUACAGCAAUACAGCUGAACAUCUAAAAAGCAAAUCAACAGAUAAAUACAUUGCUAAGAUUAAAAAAAGAGAAACAAAAUGCAAAGUGGGAAUGGAGUGGAGGCAGAAUCAGUGGCGACAGCAACAGAUAUGAGAGGGAAGCACUGGGUUUCUGCUGAACUUAAGAGACUUGAGCAAGAAACUCGAUUCUUGGAGGAGGAACUGGAGCAGCUGGAGAAAAUGGACAAUGCCUCUGCUUCUUGCAAAGAAAUGCUGACUAACGUUCGAACCAGACCGGAUCCCUUGCUCCCACUAACAUUAGGGCCCAUGAAUCCAAUCUGGGACAGAUGGUUUGAAGGACCACAAAAUUCUUCAGGAUGUGUGUAGAAAAUCUAUCGAAACAGAAGAUGCAUAGAGCGAUCAGGCGGACAACAGAUCAAGGAGGAAAAUGGAGCAUUUUUACACUAUGCUGCGAGCUGAACUAGUAAACAAGAGCGGAAGCAGCAAGAGCAACAAAAGGAGAUAGAGCAUAUUCUAAAGAUCCUCAUGUGAAGGGCAGAAUCGAUCUUUUGGAAGGAGAUUACCCUAGGGAUCUGAGCCUCAAGCCUCCCUAUAAAUAGGGAAGGGAAGGAAGAACGAGGCAACUCUUAUCAUCAACUAUCUCCUGAGCUGAGUCUCAGAAGCGCACAUUUACUCUCCAUUCCUCCAAAUUUCAUUCCACACUUGGCAGAGGGGUUUAGCGUCUGGCUGUGGUGGUGUUUUUAAGUUCAUCGUGUUAGUGUCCCACUGUCUGCUAAGGGCGAAGAAACAAUCGUUUUAAUUUUCCGGCAGAUACAAUUUCAUUUGAAGUGUUCCUAGUUUUAGA